UUCUUCUCUCUCUCUCUCUCUCUCUCUCCCUCCUCUUCCGCCGUCACUGGUUCCUCUCCGAUUGAAAAUGUUACCACACAUGUAUACGAAACAAGAAUCAACUUAGGUUUUUUUCAAUAUGAAGAUUAGAAACCCUACCUAACCCUCUUUCAAAUUAGGGUUGUUUUCAUGUACUGUUCCUCUUGUUUAUGGCCUACUCUCAUUUCGUAAAUUUGUUAUCGGCCAUUCUCGUUUGGGGUGCUGCUUACAUUACUGUUGCAGUUAUCGCAUCCUUCAGAGCAAUCAACUUUCUCUGCACUUUCUGAACAACUAUCAUGGGUUAUGCUCAGCUUGUUAUUGGUCCUGCUGGUAGUGGCAAGUCUACGUAUUGCUCGAGUUUGCACCAGCACUGUGAAACUACGCGCCGAACCAUACAUGUUGUGAACCUUGAUCCUGCUGCUGAGAAUUUCGACUAUCCUGUCGCCAUGGAUGUAAGGGAGCUUAUUUCCCUGGAUGAUGUUAUGGAGGAGCUCGGAUUAGGUCCUAAUGGCGGUCUUGUAUAUUGCAUGGAACACCUUGAAGAGAACCUAGAUGAUUGGCUUGAUGAAGAGCUGGACAAUUAUUUAGAUGAUGAUUACUUGGUUUUUGACUGCCCUGGUCAGAUAGAACUUUAUUCACAUGUGCCAGUACUUAAGAACUUUGUGGAACAUUUGCAACAGAAAAACUUUAAUGUCUGUGUUGUGUACUUACUGGAUUCACAGUUCAUGACAGAUGUGACUAAAUUUAUAAGUGGAUGCAUGGCCAGCCUUUCUGCAAUGGUUCAACUUGAAUUACCUCAUGUCAAUAUCCUCUCAAAAAUGGACCUUGUGACUAACAAAAAAGAUCUUGACGAUUUCUUGGAUCCAGAGCCUACCUUUUUACUGUCUGAAUUGAAUCAACGGAUGGCUCCUCAAUAUGCAAAGCUGAAUAAGGCUUUGAUUGAACUGGUGAACAAUUAUAGCAUGGUGAGUUUUAUACCACUGGACUUGAGGAAGGAAAAAAGUAUUCAAUACGUAUUGGCUCAAAUUGACACCUGCAUCCAGUAUGGAGAAGAUGCAGAUGUGAAAGUUAGGGAUUUUGACCCAGAGGAUGAUGAGUAAAGCUUAUCCCCUUCUGCAGCAAGUACUGUCCAGUCUUCACAUCUUCGUAAUAUUUAUCAAACUCAACCUUUUUUAUGUAUAGUCUGAUUAGAAUGUUUUAGUGUGGAUUAUUAAAAUUUUAGCCUCCAAAUGGGGGUUAGUUGCAGAGGGUGCUUGGCCAUUCCCUUGCUGGCACUGCUUGCAUGGUUACAACAUGAACACAUUUAGACCCGUAACUUUGUUUCCCAACAUUUAACAACACAAAAAGGGGGUUAAAUUUGAGUUUUGGGAA